UUUUUUCUAUCCUGACUAUUUCUUAUUUUACUUGGCUACAAGAAAGAUUACCUGGCGUUCGACUCGAUACUCUGAUACUAAAGAGAGGUGGCGCGCGCGUCCAGGUCUAAUCGUCAUGAAAUUCGGCGAGCAGUUGCGAUCUAGCAUUAUUCGCGAGUACCAAUGGUAUUAUAUCGACUACGAUGGACUGAAGGAGGAGUUGAAGAAGGCCUCCGGGCCGAUUGUCGAAGCCGAUGAAAGCUCACCGGGAUCUGGAAGCAGGAAGGGUAAAGCCAAAGCUAAGAGCCAGCAGAAAAAUAGAUGGACAGAAGAGGAUGAGCACAGGUUUAUUAGCAGGCUAUACGCGGAGCUCGAUAAAGUCUACACCAAGACCAAAGUCAAGCAGUCGGAAAUUCAACGUCGUAUAGCGGUCAGCGAGCGGGAGGUGAAGGAGGUCGUCGCUAAGGUUAACGAGCGAGGCUUAACAGAACAAGGGCCAUCCGAAGAGGAAUUCAUAUUACUUGAGCAAGACCUAAGCGAUAUUAUCGCUGACGUCCACGAUCUUGCCAAAUAUGUUCAACUGAACUAUACGGGGUUCUAUAAGAUAAUCAAGAAACACGACAAAAUGACAAACUGGCUCCUCCGACCCUCGUUCGAUGCUGCGCUCAAGAACAAACCCUUUUAUAAUGAGGAUUUCGACGCCGAAGUAGUGAAACUCUCUAACAUGUAUAACAUUGUUAGGACGCGUGGCAAUCCCGUAACAGGUGACAGCUCUGCUGGCGGCACUCAAGGUAGCUUCGUCCGCCAAACGACUAAAUAUUGGGUGCACCCAGAUAAUGUCACCGAACUAAAGCUCAUUAUCCUGAAGCAUCUGCCCGUGCUUGUCUUCAAUGCUAGCAAGGAAUUCGAACCGCAGGAUUCUGCCAUUUCUUCUAUUUAUUUCGACAACCCGGAGAGAUGGGACCUGUAUGAGGGUAGGCUAAAGAAGACUGAGGGUGCUGAAGCUAUCCGUCUUAGAUGGUAUGGCGGCAUGCAGACUGAUACCAUCUUCGUGGAACGUAAGACACAUCGCGAAGACUGGACAGGAGAAAAGUCUGUCAAAGCUCGCUUCUCUAUGAAGGAGAAGAAUGUAAACGCAUAUUUGAAGGGAGACCUACUACCGGCGGCACUCUUCGAAAAAGCUCGAAAGGAUGGCAAGAAAUCCGAAAAGGCAAUUGCCGAGGACGAGACUCUAGCAAGGGAGAUCCAAUACUCGGUUUUGAAGAACGGAUAUAAACCGGUUUGCAGGUCGUUUUAUAACCGAACUGCGUUCCAACUGCCAGCUGAUGCUCGAGUCCGAAUUUCACUUGAUACUGAACUUGCAAUGAUACGAGAAGACAACCUAGAUGGAGUUCCACGAUCUGGAGAUAAUUGGAGGCGAAUGGACAUUGGGAUUGACUAUCCCUUCUCACAGCUGCCUCCUGGAGAUAUCGUGCGUUUCCCUUACGCCGUCCUAGAAGUCAAACUCCAAACCCAGUACGGACAAGAACCUCCAGAGUGGGUUCGUCAACUUAUCUCAAGUCACCUUGUGGAAGCUGUUCCCAAGUUUUCCAAGUUCAUCCAUGGGGUGGCCUCGUUGUUCCCCGAUCGAAUUAACCUCCUACCUUAUUGGAUGCCUCAGAUGGAUGUGGAUAUUCGCAAACCGGUAACCCAUAACUUUGGCAUCCACCGGCCAAUGCAUUCUCAUACCAGUGGUACGACUUCAGAUGAUGACGAUGACGAUGACGACCUCGACUCGGAUGCUGAAGACACCACCGACACCGGAUCUGCAGACCCUUCAGGUCAAAGGAACAUAUUGUCGAGUGGUUCUCCAGCUCUCGCAUUAGGGGACGUUGAAGGGCAAACAGUAGAGGGCACAGUUGCUAACCAAGAUUAUCCCCUGUAUGACUCCGAUGAUGAGGUAGACGAGGAGGAUGCACUGGAGGAAGCAAGGAGAGUUGGCGGCUGGACCUACUAUUCAGCUCUGGCUAAGAAGUACGCGGGCGUAGCAGGUCGGGGGGCAUGGUCGGUCAUAACGGCUAUUACACCACGACCCCGAGCUUCAACCGUGCCUCGCAGCAACCGAACGCAAAUGUUCUUCGGUGACCAGGAUGUCCAGGUCAAGAAGUUCAGAGCCCCGAAGGGCAAGAAGAUUUACGUGCCUGUCAGAGUCGAGCCUAAGGUCUACUUCGCGGCGGAAAGGACCUAUCUUAGUUGGCUCGAGUUCUCGAUUUACAUCGGUACCAUCGCCGUUACGCUACUUAACUUCGGCACCAAACCCACCAAGCUUUCGUUCAUCGUGUCCGGACUCUUUACCUUUCUGGCUAUCCUUUCUAUCUGCUACUCCGUUGGUAUCUACCUGUACCGGAGCAAGGGAAUCCGUGAGCGCAGGGUCAUCAAGUACUAUGACAGAUGGGGCCCGAGUAUCUUAUGCACUGCCCUCUUUGUGGGCGUAGUACUGAACUUUGCGUUUGAAGGUAGGGAAAGGGCGCUGUGGUAAAUUUGGAUUAGGUAUCUAGCCUUACCUGGGUAAUCUAUCUGCUUAUGGCUCUUAUUAGGAAUCUUACACUAUCUAGGCUUUCUUGGGUAAAGUCGUAUUAGGCGAAAGGGAUGGUAAAAUGAUGUUGAGACAUAGAUGUUCAUGUAGAAUGUCAUGUAACGUGCCUUAUAUGACUGCAUAUGGGAUUAGUUCGAACUAGGGUUUAUGAUGGGAAGGUGAGGGAGCAAGCUGCUGAACAUGGGGGGAAGACGAGAGUGAAAUUGGUAGUUCAUCUAAUACCUACCUAGGUAUCUAGCGUACCUGAUAGGUAGCCGACACAAGAAUUAGUUUGUAAGCAUUAAAAGCAUUAAAAACAAUUGUAUAGAAGAGAUUUAUAUAUAUGCCUUAGGUUAGGUACCUACCUGGAUAUAAAUAAGGAAACUAAAAUACUGUAGCGGGUAGCUUUAAUACUAGGUACUCUACCUAUUCCCUUGCAUACCUACCUACCUAGGUAGUGAAUUAACGUACUGUUGAUAGUUGUCU